AUGCCACGUCCUAGACGCUUCGAUGUCACAAAAUUCCAGCAAGCCAGCACUGCCGAGGCCCUAAGCAGAGAAAUCCGGUCCUGUUUUACAAUCCGAGCUGACGGGAAUGACAGUAACCAGUGGUCGUCACUGAAGACAGUCUAUGGGACAGCCGAGAAAAUCCUUGGAUACACCCAGCGACACCGCAGUGACUGGAUCAGCGGAAGAACCCUGCAGUUGUCUGCUCAGACGGCUAGAGCCAGGUCCCGCAACGAUGACUGCUUUCUCCAACUUCGGAAGAUGAGGAAAAAGUCGUCCACGGAUGAUCGUAAGCAAUAUUGGGCUGAAACAGCGACCUCCAUGGAACGGGUCUCGAUCGUUGAUGAAACUCGAAAGCUCUAUCGUCUGAUCCGCCGAGUUAGCGGUAGGCCCUCUACGCUGAGUGACCGUUCGCGACGUGAAUAGCGGCUUUAUUGCUGACAACUUGGCCAAAGUCGAGCGCUGGCGUGAGCACUUUGAGCACCAUCUCAACUUCGAUACCCAACCUACUCCGUCUUUGCUCUCCUCUUCAGCUGAGUUUCUUCCCUCUUCUACCUAUGCAGUGCCAUGCGAUCCCCCGUCUGAAGUAGAAGUCGCCGAUGCCAUACGAAAGUUGUGCAACAAUAAGGCACCCGGAGAAGACGGUAUACCCGCUGAAAUCUUCAAGUCUUGUGUCGACACUCUGGCGCCCUGGCUCCAUGAGCUGAUUGAACGAGCGUGGAGAAACGAAGUUUUUCCUGCUGACUGGGGCUUAGGCAUCAUUGUACCUAUCCUCAAGAAGGGAGAUAAGAGAUGCGAGAACUACCGCGGCAUAAGUCUCAUCGACGUUGCUGUGGAGGUCUUCGCUAUUUUCCAACUCAGGCGAUUCCAGGCUGUGUGUGACUCAAGGACGAGGCCCAACCAAGUCGGAUUUCGUGGUGGACGUGGAUGCGCAGACCAGAUAUUCACACUGAGGCGCAUUCUCGAAUUUCGCCAUAGCUACCAACAACCGACGGCCGUCUACUUCAUUGACUUUGCCGCCGCGUUCGAUUCCGUCCAUCGUGAGUCCCUGUGGCGGAUAAUGGCGCUAGAUGGUGUACCGGCAAAAAUAAUCGCCAUGAUCAAGGCCUACUAUCGCUUCAUUACUGCGAGAUUUCUGGUCCGUAACAAUCUUUCCCAGCCAUUCGGUAUUCGGUCUGGCGUCCGACAGGGUUGUAUCCUGUCACCCAUACUGUCCAACUACGCUAUUGACUGA